AUGCCGCCGCCCAUCCGUCCUCCGACCUCGCCGUCUGGCCUCGCCGCGCCGGAAUUUAGCUGGAUGGAGCCACCACCGCCGCCGGGUGCGUCAUACCAUGCUCCUCCGCCGCCGCCGCCGCCGCUGGUCCGUCCGCCUGGGCCUCCCAUGGCUCCAACUCCUCCCGUCGCCGCCACCGCCACCCUCAAGAGGAAGGGGCAAGGGAGCCAUCUCGUUCAAAGCGGUGCACCCGGCGCGGCAGUAUCGAGCGUUGCCCCCGCUUCGGUUCCACGCGCCUCGCCCAAGAGGAAGAAGACCGCCUCGACCGGCCCCACCAGCGCGUGA